UCAACGAGCCGUCAAUUCGAAAUCCGAUCUACGCAAUCACAUAAUCUCGAAGAAUCGUCGGUUGAUCAGAUGACGAUCCGGAUGUUCAUCUCUCUACUUCCGGUGUUCAGUCUCGGCGACGCCUUCGACCUCUACAGAGCAAAUCGCGUCUUCGUCGAGGACGACCGGACACCGGAAGUGCCUUAUCAGGUGUCGCUGCAGCUGGCGAGGAGGAGCCUGCACUUUUGCGGCGGCGGCGCUCUCGGCGACAAGUGGGUUAUCACGGCGGCUCAUUGCGUUGACGAACUGGUAAAUAAUGUCACCCUCGUUAAAGUAGUAGCCGACACGAGAGAUCUGCGUCUGCCAGGAAGUACGCAUUACGUCAAGAGGAUCAUCAUCCACAAGGAUUACGACCCGACCGACUCCUGGAGGAACGACAUAGCGCUCCUCGAGCUGGUGGAAGGAUUCAAGGAUAAAGGACCCCUGGACUACGCAAAAUUGCCAAAUCCUGGACAGGAAUUGCUCGCCGGCGAAUUGGCAUUCUCCGUAGGCUGGAGUCGCCCAUUUAAAGAGUCCAAUCGUCUCACAAGAAUGCAAGGCAUCGACGUGGAAAUUGUUUCUCGAGAGGAUUGCGCAAAAUCGUACGCGGUUUUCGGACUCGGGAUUUAUGACACCCAGAUUUGCGCAUAUACCCCAAAUCAUAGAAAAGAGUCAUGCAAUGGGGACUCGGGUGGUCCUUUGGUGGCCAACUCGGAGCUGGUGGGCCUCGUCUCCUGGGCAUACGGAUGUGGCGACAGGAACUUCCCUACGGUCUACACCAGGGUCUCCGAAUAUCUGACUUGGAUUGCGGCCAAUGGCUUCCUGAACCACCUUCGUCCUGGAGGAGACUCGAUCGAUCAUAGUCCAGGCGCGACCUACACAGAAGUUCUCGGGGAUGCGCCCUCUAGAGAGCUGCACGAAUCGACCCGUCCGCCGGAAAUUCCCUAAAAUUUCCUAAAAUUCCCUGAUAUCCCCUGAAGUUCCAUGAAAUUCCCUGAAAUUUCCUAAAAUUCCCUGAUAUCCCCUGAAAUUCCAUGAAAUUCCCUGAAAUCCCUUGAAAUCCCCUGAAAUUCCCUGAAGUCCCCUGGUCCCCUGAAAUUCCCUCAAAUCCCCUUAAAUUCCCUGAAAUUCCCUAAAAUCUCCUAAAAUUCCCUGAUAUCCCCUGAAGUUCCAUGAAAUUCCCUGAAAUCCUUUGAAAUCCCCUGAAAUUCCCUGAAGUCCCCUGGUCCCCUGAAAUUCCCUGAAAUUCCCUGAAAUCCCCUAAAGUCCCCUGAAAUUCCCUGAAAUCCCCUGAAGUUCCCUGAAAUCCCCUGAAAUCCCCUAAAUUCCCAGAAAUUCCCUGAAAUUCUCUCGAUCCUAUCGCCGAACGCAAAGACGCAAAUAUCUGCACCGAAACGCCCCUGCGGAUCGAUUGCUAAUUAUUAUUUAAAUAUUCGUUAUUCACUCGGCGAGCGAGAGGGAGGCGCCGCCGAUUAGCAAUCGAUUUGCCCAGAAAAAGGAUUCGCAGUCGUAGAAAGAAAUUUUACUGGCAGAAACGUGAACAGUUGAAAAUGGAUCAGGAAAAGUCUUGUUCGAAUACAUUUUUUGUUAUAUCGACAACAAAAACAUUUUUAUUAUAUUGACAGCGAAGGUAUGUUUGUUAUAUACAUUACCAUUCAUAGUUGUAAAAAGAAAUUUUACUGCCAAAAAUGUGAACACUUGAAAAUGCUCAAGCAAAAGUCUUGUCCGGGUACUUUGUUGUUAUAUUGACGACAAAAACAUUUUUGUUAUAUCGACAACAAGAAUAUUUUCAUUAUAUUGACAUAAAAAUCAUUUUUGUUAUAUAGACAACAAAAAUAUUUCUGUUAUAUACAAUUUCAUUCACAGUCGUAAAAAGAAAUGUCACUGCUACAAACAUGAACACUUGGAAAUGGACAAGCAAAAGUCUUGUCCGGAUACAUUUUUGUUAUAUUGACGAUCAAAAAAUGAAUACGUAAAGUGAACGUUUCUCAUAUACGUAAAUUGAACGUAGAGGAAAAACCGUGGGUGGAUAAACGUUUGAUUUUUACACUAACCACCCAUAUUCCACUAGAUUUAUGUGUAUAAAACCCGAAUUCCGCUUUGUGUUUAUUAGGAACAAUUGCGUAAAAUCUCCAUUUGCUCGGAAUAAACGCAUGAAACAAUUAAUACGUAAAAUCAACGUUUCAUAUACGUAUAUUGAACGUAGAGAGAAAACCGUGGGUGAAUAAAUGUUCGAUUUUUACACUAACGAUCUAUAUUCCACUAGAUUUACGUGUAUAAAACCCGAAUUCCGCUUUGUGUUUAUUGGGAAGAAUUGCGUAAAAUCUCCAUUUACGUAUUUCCUGAUAACACGGGAUCCCAAGUGCGGGAUAUCGCCGACAUUCAUCUAAUUUCGUGCUCGAGUCUAUGCAAGCGAGCCCUCGUCGCAAUUAAUCGGAGGCCGGAAUAAUCUCGGAGGAUCUUAAUUAAAAAUUGUACUACGAGGAUCAGCGGGGAUUAUCGCGCCACCGGGCCGAUUCGACCGAUCGAUACGAG